AUGGCAGCAGACACCAAAGACUUUGACGUCGUCCGCAUCGCUCGCAGCGACGGCGCAGACACAGGCCCGGGAUAUUGGCCCUCUACGAAUACGGCCCCCAAAAGGACUGGAAAAGAUGUAGCGGCGGCGGCAGUUGAAAAGACGCCCCGUGUGAAACCACAAAUGACACGGCUGGCCGAAGACGAUCCCCGGUUCAUCGAGUGGCGCAUCAAGCUGGGGAUUCUGCUCAAGCAGGAACUCUCACCAAAUCCCGACGAAGGAAACCCGUGGUACGUACAGUUUCCCAGGGGAUACUGGCUGUAUGAAAAGUCCAAACAUCUCUGGGUGUCAGGCUAUCCCAUCAAAACCAAGCUCUACAAGAGCCCGCAGGAAUUCGGCGUCCACCUCAUCUGGCUACUUUCUGCGUCCAGAGACUACAAGGACUGCUGCUGCGUACACUGUAAUCUCCCCAAUCCUGCGAAGCUUGCGGCGUCGGUGGAAGAAACACUCAUCAUCACACCCGGUGAGACGCCUAUCCCCGUAUCAGCAGCUACGGCGUCUGGCACCGGAGUCAAGUCCUCGUCCAAUACACCAAUGCCGGCUCCUGUCUCAGCUGCCGCGCAAAGAGUCACUCCCGUUCCGUUGCCUGCAAUCCCAGGACAGCCUGGGCGGACUCCUCCCACCACGUCCGCAACACCAGCUACCAAACCGCCAACUUCGAAAUCUACAUCAACCAAGUCCACGAAUCAUUUAAUAGUAGCUAUACCCUCCCGGUCAAACUCCAACACACCACAGCCAACACCGCAACAACAGCAACAACAGCAACAACCUGUACCAAAACCAACACCACCACCGUCACAACAACAACAACAACCUCAACCGGUCCGCUGGUCCCUCUCAGGCUCGCUCCUUUUCCGCGCCGGCGAACUAACAUGGUACCAAAACGGCAACACCUGGCGUCUCGGCAUCGUUGCCUCACCCAGUCCCAACCCAUCCUCCCCAACCCACACCAUGCUGCCUCUCGGCCACGCCCUCGUUCCCCAACAAACCGUCACAAAACCCCAGUCCGACCUCCGCCCCUUCCACGCCUUCUCCGUCCCGCCCGUUGCCGUCGCAGAACUCAAAGACAAGCCAUUCGACCAGAUUCCCUGGGACGCCCUCUUCCACUCGGCGGCAAACGAGCCCCCCAAACGAGAACUCCUCGCCCUUGACGCCUCCAAACUUGCCGCCUCCCGCAUUGACGCCUCCUAUUCCCUCUGGUGUCCCCUCUCCGACGACCCCAACGCCGACACCCUCCCCUACUAUGGCUGCUUCUUCGGCGCCGAACGAAUCGAAAUAGGCGACUGCCUGCGCAUCAAGCCCGUUCCGUCAGAGCCCUCCGUGGGUGACGCGUCCAUCAUGGGCCUUCGGUACAUAUUCACCAAAAAGGAAUACCCGGGCGCCGUCUUCUUCCGCGGAAACGUGUACCGGCUGGCCAAACCCGACUCGCCCCCGGCAAGCGUCGUUCCAGAGGACCAGCUCCCCGUUGCCUUGAGGGACGAGACAUCGUGGCGUAAUCAGCUUAACCCCGCCAACCCGCGGCGCUGGGUGCUGGUAAAGGAGAAUCUCACGCUAAACGAGCAGCUCGUCAAGGGACGCUUUUACCCUUCUCAUCGGCUGAUGCCUAUUCUGAACCCUGCGGGCUUCAAUGCGGCCCUUGCGCAGGGAAAGGUGGAUGAGCAGGUGCCGUACUUGAAUAACCGGAUGGACGGAGGCGUCGGCGGCCACAUAGGCAGAAAGGCGAAUAGGAUGGACAGUCUGGGCGCUUCUGUGCCCCAGGGAUCUAUGAUAUCGCUGGAGCCUCUUAUCAAGGAAGAUGGGCUGCGGGUACAGGGGUAG